AUGGAUCCCCUCGAGACCUCGCAAAAGGAUCCAUACGACGAGGCUGAAGCAAAGGUCCGAAAACACAUAAGAAAGGCCAUUGUGCUUCAAUCACAGUUGAAUACAGAGAAUCGGGACUCGAGUUCAAAUGUGGAAUCAACGGCGAAAAGGACGGAACUGCAGACCAUUUGCAGCAGAAUUGAAUCGGACAUUGGGGAGCUGCAAAAGGUCAUUCAGGCAAUUGAAAAUAACCCAAAGAGAUACAAGAUAUCAAAGUCUCUGCUAGAGUCCAGGAAGGAGACUAUUGAAGAAUUUAAAUCUAAAGUUAAAGGCAUAAAGAGCAUCGGAAAUGCGUAUGGAGGAAGACCUGGAACGAGCUACUCCAAGGACUACUCCCAAGCACAAUUACAGUAUCAACAGGAUGUGAUUAGUCAACAGGACAUGCACAUUGAUCAGCUCCAUGGAUCAGCCUAUAAUCUACACACACAGGCCAUGGCAGUGAAUGCUGAGAUAAAGAGUCAAAAUAGGCUAAUAAAUGACAUUGAGAGUGGCAUGGAGGAUACACAAUUGCAAAUUGGUACUCUCGGGAAAAAGCUAGCACGUUAUUUAGACACCAACAACCCAUCACUUUUGCGUUUAAUUUUGAUUUUGUGCGCAAUUGCUUCCGCUCUGGUUGUUGUGCUGUUAAUUUUUUAA